AUGCCCUCGGAGUCCCCCGUGAACCUCGCGGACCGCGGGCUGGCGUCGCAUCCGAUCCCCCCGGACAUCGCCGGGUCGCCCGGCAUCCCGGACCGCGGGCCGAUCGCGCCGGGCAGCAUGCCGGUCAGCACCAACGUGCUCGCGUGGCGCUGGGGGCUCGCGACGGAGGGCCCGGCGUGCGAGGGCGCGACGCGCGCGGACCCGGCGCGGCUGGCCCGCGCGAGCGUGGCCCGCAGCGGCAUGUCGGGCGCCACGAACCGGAUGCUGGCCAACAGCAUCGCGCGGGAGGCCGAGUCGACCCCGAAGGCGUUCGUGCACAUCCAGUCGCUGGUGCAGCGGCAGCAGCAGGACCGCCGCAAGGGCGACGUGGCGCGCCCCACGCGCGGGAUGUUUAUGUUCCAGCCGUACUCGCAGCAGCCGCCGCUGGACAUGUCGACCGAGGAGGUGGAGGCCGUGGUGGAGGCGGUGCUCGGGCCGGGGCCGACGGGGCGCGCGAGCAACGGCACGCUCCCGGAGGACAUCCCCGCGGAGAUGGAGGAGGUGUUCACGGGGCUGCUGGUGAAGCUGAUCGUCGACAUGUGGCUCAAGUGCGGGCCCGAACAGGCGCUCCCGCUGGCGCUGAUUCUGCUCGUCAAGGCCCUCGGAUGCACGCACAUGGCGUGGCGGUGCCGUGUGUUCGACGUGCUGUUCAACCUGGCGCUGCACGGGUCGCUGCUCGAGGCGCCGCCCGACGCCGGAGCGCAGGGGCGCUCGCUGUCGGACCACUUCCGCGCCAUGCUGCGCCCGAUCCUCUGGGAGCUCCUCACGCAGCUCGCGGAGACCGAGGAGUCCGAGCCGCAAGUGUGGCAGUCGGCCCUCAGCUGCUUCCUCCUGAUGGCGAGCGAGGGCGGCGUGUUGUUGCGGCGGCACUGCGAGCACGUGCCCAUGCAGGCCCUGCGGCAGUUCCUGCUCUUCUGCCAGCUCCAGUCGUGGAGCCCGGUGCUCUACCAGCACCUCCAGGCCCUCACGUGCAACCUCCUCUUCGUCGUCCAGUCCCCGUCCAGCGCGCCUCUGAGCAAGGCGCACUGGUCGGAGAUGCAGCUCAGUCAGAAGCGGCUGGACGACCUCGGCGGCAUCACGUGGGUCGUCCAGCAGUACCAGGAGGCGCAGGAGGCCCCUGCGCGGCAGGCCUUCAUGACCGUCAUCCUCGACUACACCGUGCAGAAGGUGUUCUCGGAGGAGCUGGACGACGGCGCGUCGGACCAGGAGCUGGUGCAGUGGAUAGCGACUGUGUGGAACAGCCUGGCCAUGUGGGACGUGCUGCACCCUUACGCCGUCACGCAGCGGCACAACUGGAAGACGGACGUCCGCACGUGGACCGAGUCAGCCAUCGAGCGCGGCCCCGCGGAGAGCUCGGUCUCCUCCUGGGUCACGACCGGGCAGCGCCCCGGCCGCGUCGCCGCCGGCGCCUCCGAGCGCCGCCUGCUCGAGACCGUCCUCCGCAAGAUGGAGAGCCUCUUUGCCGGCGACGACGACGCCGAAGCCGCAGGGUUGCCGGAGGAGUUGGUGGAGCACAAGAACGCCACGAUAGAGAGCGUGCACUUCCCGCGGCACCCCGGCGUGGAGGAGUCGUGGGAGGCGCUGGAGAAGGCGAUGUACACCAUGGGCGAGCAGCGGGACCCGCUGAAGGUGUGGAUCGCGGAGAUCCUGGAGCGCGUGGCCACCAAGGAGCACGCGGCGUACUGCUCGCGGGGCAAGGGCGACCGCGACAGACCGCAGCCCAUCCCGAGCGUCAAGGCGGCCAGGGGCGUGAAGGAGACGGAGGUGGAGCGGCGGAUCCGGAAGGUGCUGCACGCGAUGUUCGAGCGCGGCGGCCCGGACGCGCCGCUGAUGUUCGUGCACAUCGCGCAGCGGCUCGCGACGUUCGUGGGCGGGUGGCUGCACAGCGGGAUCGAGAUGCCGCGGCCGCCGAACCCAGGGUCGCUGCUCAACGGCCCCCCGACGGUCCAGAGCCUCCCGAUCCUGCUCAGCACCGUGGACUGGCUCAUGCACUACCGCGCCCUCCCCGGAUGCCAGGCUGCCUUCCUGCGGCUCACGCGGCACCUGCUGGCCUGCGUGUGCCGCGGCGACACGUCGAUCGGCGGCUCCGAGACGCUCGUCGCCAGCGAAGGAGCGCCCGCGAGCCCCGGCGGCAACGGCAUCGGCGAGAACGCAGCGCGCACCGCAACCGACAUGAUGGGUCAGCUUGGGCCCAGCAUCUGGCAGGAGGUGACCGGGUCGGUGGAGUCGCCCACUGUGUCGGACACGGCGCUCCGACAGAUACCCGCGGCGACGCUCUACAGCCUGUUCGAUGUGCUGUCUCGGUCGGCGUCGCUGUACACGGCGAGCAACACGUCGGCGUGCGGCCUGUACGCGGUGCCGCUGGAGGCGUCAGACAUCGGGCCGGUGCGUUGGGGCCUGUGGGCGUCGUCGAUCGAGGACCUGCGCCUGCUGCUCCUCGUGCUGCUCCUGGGCAAGUCGGAGGAGAGCCCGGCGGAGCUGGUGGACAGCAAGGGGCAGGACCUGGUGCAGCCGCUGCUGCAGCAGCUGCUCAAGGACGCGGACCCGCGGCUGCAGUACUACGCGUCGGCGUGCCUGCUUCGGCGGAUCCAGGUGAAGAGCCCGGACGUGUACUCGCAGGCGAUGCGGCGGCUGGUGGUGCACGCCCAGCACACCAACGACGAAAAGAUACUCGAGAAUCCCUAUCUGCGCCUCAUGGCCAUGAAGGAGCUCGACCUCGUGCCGUAG